AUGUCCAGUCUCCACACGCAGCCUCCCAAGACUCGUCAGGUGUCCAGUCUCCGCCCGGAGCCUCCCACAGUUCCGGGGUCCAGACUCCACCCGCAGCCUCCCAAGACUCGUCGGGUGUCCAGUCUCCAGCCAGAGCCUCCCACAAUUCCGGUGUCCUGUCUCCUCCCGGAGCACCCCACAGUUCCGGUGUCCAGUAUACGCCCAGAGACUCCCACAUUUCCAGUGUCCAGUCUCCACCCGCAGCCUCCCAAGACUCGCCACGUGUCCAGUCUAUGCCCAGAGCCUCCCACAGUUCCGGUGUCCAGUCUCCCCCCAGAGCCUCCCACAGUUCCAGUGUCCAGUCUCCGCCCGCAGCCUCCCAAGACACCGCGGAGGUCCACUCUCCACCCACAGCCUCCCAAGACUCGUCGGGUGUCUGGUCUCCACCCAGAGUCUCCCACAAUUCCAGUGUCCAGUCUCCGCCCAGAGCCUCCCACAGUUCCAGUGUCCAGUCUCCACCCAGAGCCUCCCACAAUUCUGGUGUCCAGUCUCCACCUGGAUCCUCCCACAAUUCCGAUGUCCAGUCUCCACCUGGAGCCUCCCACAAUUCCGGUGUCCAGUCUCUGCCUGGAGCCUCCCACAGUUCUGGUGUCCAGUGUCCGCCCAGAGCCUUCUGAGACUGGAGGGAGCCAUCUGCGCCUGCAGCCUCCCAGGACUCCUCGGGGGAGAGUCUCCACCCACAGCCUGUCAAGGUUCCUCAGGGGGCCUCCCACAAUUCCGGUGUCCAGUGUCUGCCCGGAGCCUUCCGAGACUGGAGUGACCCAUCUGCGCCCGCAGCCUCCCAGGACUCCUCGGGGGUCCAGUCUCCACCCACAGCCUGUCAAGACUCCUCGGGGGUCCAGUCUCUGCCCACAGCCUCCCAAGACUCCUCGGGGGUCCAGUCUCCACCUGCAGCCUCCCAAGACUCAUCAGGCGUCCAGUUUCUGCCCGGAGCCUCCCACAGUUCUGGUGUCCAGUGUCCGCCCCGAGCCUCCCACAGUUCUGGGGUCCAGUCUCCACCCACAGCCUCCCAAGACUCGUCACGUGUCCAGUCUCCACCCGGAGCCUCCCAAGACUCGUCGGCUGUCCAGUGUCCACCCGGAGCCUCCCACAGUUCCGGUGUCCAGUCUCCACGCAGAGCACUCUGAGACUGGAGUAACCCAUCUGCUCCCGCAGCCACCCAGGACUCCUCGGGGGCCCAGUCUCCGCCCGCAGCCUCCCAAGACUCUGCGGAGGUCCACUCUCCACCCACAGCCUCCCAAGACUCGUUGGUUGUCCAUGUCCAGUCUCCGCACGGAGCCUUCCGAGACUGGAGUGACCCAUCUGCUCCCGCAGCCUCCCAGGACUCCUCGGGGGUCCAGUCUCCACCCACAGCCUCCUCCCACAGUUCCGGUGUCCAGUGUCCACCCACAGCCUCCGAAGACUCGUCAGGUGUCCAGUCUCCACCCGCAGCCUCCCAAGUCUCCUCGGAUGUCCAGUCUCCGCACGCAGCCUCCCAAGACUCGUCAGGUGUCCAGUCUCCGCCCGGAGCCU